AUGGUUAAUGAUAUAAAACCCAUGGAUACGCAAAAUAACCUGUUGGUUAAAUUUGCUGACGAUAUAACGACAAGUGCUCCAGUAAAAUCAGGAUCGGAUUCUGCUGAAGCUGAGGUGGAAAGCAUUCAGAAUUGGUCGGAAGCAAAUCAAAUGACAUUAAAUCUUUCUAAAACGUGGGAAAUGGUUGUGCACUGUGGGUCCAUGAAACCGUUACCGGCACCGAUUGUAGGCAUUGAACGAAAGAGCUGGUUGAAAUUAUUAGGUGUCACAUUUCAGGAAAAUCCAUGUUGCUGGGAUCUUCAUAUCGAUGAUCUUCUGACGAAGGCCAGCGGGCGUAUGUACAUAUUGAGAGUGUGUAGAUGCUAUGGUUACUCUGCAGAUCAGCUAAGCAAAUUAUUCGAUUCGCUAGUCAUGUCACUCUUUUACUAUUGCAUUGAAGUGUGGGGCUCUGCACUCCAAAAGAAAUAUUUGGAUCGUAUAGACAAGUUUUUCCGGCGGGCUUAUCGUUAUGGAUAUACGACAAAGAGUAUUAAGAUAUCUGAAGUGAUCGAGGAGAGAGACAGAAAAUUAUUCAGCAAAAUCGUAUCGAAUCCAAAACAUGCCCUACAUGAAUUGCUUCCUGUGUGUAAACAAAGGAUCUUAAGACAAAGGGAACAUAACUUUAUUUUACCUCAAAUUAAAACGGAGCGAUUUAAACGAUCCUUUAUAAAUAGAUGUCUUUUUAACUAUUUUUAACUUUUAUAUAAUUAAUUAGGAUAGAUCAAUUUUUUUAACUGUAACAAAUAGGAAUUUGACAUUUGUAAAGUUGCACGUCUGUUGUGACUCCAGACAAUAAAGACUUUAAUAAUAAUAGUAAUAAAAUAAUUUCAAUUGUAAAUUUUAUACAUUUAUUAAGAGCCAACUAGGAGCAGUUGUGAAAAAUGCAACUAUAGCUAUAUAGGCCCUCUGGCAGGAAUCGAACCUGUGGUCCUGCGAUUCUGGUGAGCUACAGAGGCCAGUUGUCGAGCUCUAACCACAAGUUCAUGCAUAUAUAGUAAGGUGAUUCCAAUUAAGGUGUAUGGGUAAAUAGAACAAUUCUUAGUAUUAUCACGAAGUAAAGAUACGAAGAUCUUACCUGUUCGUCUCCUAGCAACCGAAAAUGGUGUGGAUCGCUGA